UUACCGGUUCUUUUACACUGACUUGCGUCUACCUUUUUCUGCGAGCGUCCGUGUCAAAACGGGCAGCAGCACAAAGACGCUGAAACUUCCAAGCUUCCUCCCGUGACAAUUACGCCCACCCCUCACUUUUCCCCUUGUCCAAAAAGAUUGAAUUCUGUUUGGUCAAGUUAAAAUCUUGCUGAUCUUGUUGUUGGUGCUUCCACUUUGCUUUGCCUUUUCCUAAUUAUCCGUAAGACCAUGCAAUACUACGAAGAAAACCCGUUUGAUACCGAUGACGUGAGAGCGCCUACCCAAGUUCAGUGGCAAGAGUUCGACCCUGCAAACGGCAACACUCGAAAGUGUGGUCUCUGUUUUCAGGUCAAGAAAGUCUCUGACUUUCCCAUGUCGUUCUCGACUCGAAAGUCACCCAACUGCCGCGUCUGUGUGUUGAUCAAGAAGAGAGGUCUGAAGUGUAUGCCGACCGACGCGACGACUGAAUCGGCCGACACUGUCAGCAAUGAAGACGACUACCAGAACGAAGACACGGUCAGCGAGGGCUCUGGCUCUGCUACCUUCGAGGCUGCUUCAGCUCCGUUUUCGAUUGGAGAUACUACCAGUAACCAAUCCACUCCCAGGACAAUGGCCAAGAAGUUCCGCAAGCGACUUUCCUGGACUUCUUCUACCGGUACCUCGUCGUCCGAUGCCAAAACCGCUCCUUUUGCACCCAUGAUGUGCUGAGCAUGCAUGCAAUCAAAUCAACAGACAAGACGAUGAUGGAAUAGAUUUUAUGAAAAGGCGAGGAAGGAACGAUACACCAAAACAGUUUUGGUGACAGUGACGGAUAGGAGGUACAAUUUUUUAUAUGACUUUGGAUGCUUGUACCCGAGGCGGCAGAUUGUGGAUAAGCAAGUUAACUACUACUAGCUAGGAUUGACUUGAGAAGGACUUAUUUUUAAGCUACUAGAAUUGUUCUGUAGGCUUGCUCCAAGCAGCCAACCUGCUAU